AUGACAACAUUUAUAGUGCAAUUUGAAAUUGAAGGACACUAUCAUUUGCCUCCUCUGCAGGCCUAUCUCACCUAUGCGGGGAGCGUGCAGGUGGGGACACAGAGUGGAAUUGAGGAGUGCAAACACCAGUUUGCGUGGGACAGAUGGAACUGUCCCGACAGCGCAACUCAGCCGAAAGGACUGAGACGAGCCACCAGAGAGACAUCUUUCGUCCAUGCCAUCAGUGCAGCAGGGGUCAUGUACACUCUGACGAGGAACUGCAGUCUGGGAGACCUUGAAAACUGUGGCUGCGAUGUAUCAAAGAAUGGAAAAAUUGGCGGCCGUGGGUGGUUAUGGGGCGGCUGCAGUGAUAACGUGGAUUUCGGGGAGAGGAUUUCCAAACAGUACGUGGAUGCGCAGGAGACGGGUCAGGACUCCAGGGCUGCGGUCAACUUGCACAACAACGCGGCUGGACGGCUGGCCGUGAAAGCAACUAUGAAGCGCAUCUGCAGAUGCCACGGGAUGUCCGAGAGCUGCAGCGUCCAAACCUGCUGGACGCAGCUGUCCGACUUUAGAGAAAUCGGCAACUACUUGAAGAUCAAACACAGCGAAGCUCAGAAAUUGGACAUCGACAAAAAGCGCAUGCGGGCCGCAAACAGCGCGGACAACCGAGGGGCGAUAGUGGACGCGUUCGGAAGCAUUGAGCAGACGGAGCUCAUCUACCUGGAGGACUCUCCCGAUUACUGCAGGAAGAACGCCAGCAUGGGGCUUUACGGCACCGAGGGCCGGGAGUGCGUGCAGCACGGCGAGGGCUUAACCAACUGGGAGAGAAGGAGCUGCCGCAGGUUGUGCCAUGAAUGCGGCCUGAGGGUGGAAGAGAAGCGCACGGAGGUAGUGAGCAGCUGCAACUGUAAAUUCCACUGGUGCUGCAAGGUGAACUGUGAGGACUGCUCUCAGGUCAUAGUGAAACACGUGUGCGCAAGGAGGGAAGCUUGGGACGGGAGUGGUUUGAGGCGGAGGUACCGUGGACCCAAAUGAAAAUAAGCUAAUGCGCACCGGUUAUCUGUCUAUGUGUUUGCACUUUUAUUUCUGUUUUUCCACGUCUCCCUGUACAAAUGCAGCAUGUCUAUUUAAGAAUAUUGUGCCUUGUUUAAUUAAAAUG